AUGACGCGCCCAGACGGCAGCGAAAUCGCAGAGGCAUUGCGCCAGACAGACAGCGCUCAGACGCGCAGUGCGGCCAUCGCGACUUUCGGCAAGGCGCUCCGGCGCGGGGAUCGGUUCCGGCCGGUGUGGGACGCCGUGGGCGGGGCCGCCGGACUCGCCAGCUUGAUGGCCGAGUUUAGUGUGCGAGACGUGCGUGCCGUGUGCUGGUGGUUGGGAUGCACAGCGUCGGCCGAGAAGGCAAGACCCGAGAGGCGUGCGGCGCUUGGUGAGCUGGUGAGGCUGCUGUACGACGAGUCGAGCGACCAACGGCCGCUGAGGCCAUUCUACCAGAAUAUCAUCCCAGCGUGCAGCCUGGAGGUGGUCCAGGAAUGGGAGGAUAAACACAAGGUCGACUGGACUACUUCGCAGAACAAGCGACUGUUCUAUGGUCAUCGUCAUCUAUACGAGAGCAAGUUUCUCGGCGUUAUAUUUUCGCCUGACGCCGGCGACUCGAAGUUUGAGACGGAGAAGACGCUGUUUUGCGGCAAUUUACUAUUCUGUGAAGAGAUUUUACAAACGCUUGUCACUAAAGAAGACCAUCCUCGAGUCCCCGAUGACUUCAUGAGUGCGUUCGCCAUGCCGCUGCUCAAGCGCAUACUUAAGAGCAGGUUCAAUGAGGAGACGCGGAACAAGUUUCUGGACCUUGUGGUGCAGUGUCUGCAGAAGCAUGUAGACCUUCUGGCGACUCAGCUAAAUCUCUGGAAAGGUGGAUU